AUGUCCAAAGUGCUUAAGCAAUUCGAGGAUGCUAUCUUCAAAGGAGGGCUGUACAAAAAGCUUUUCCAAAAGCAGACACCAGGGAAGCGCAUUGCUCCUGUACAGGCGAAAGACAACGAUUCGAAACUUCAACUGCGCCUCGACGCCGGUGAAUCCAAAAAUGGCAUGAAGAACGUCUAUUUGCAAGUCAACUCCCAAGCGAAGAACGACUCUCUGGUAAAGUUCCGAAAGAAAAAGGGAACUGAUGCGAACUUGGCAUCUGGUCAAAUCGACGAGAAUACACCACCGGAAUCUCAGGAAGAAGUUGCCAGGAAAUGGUGGGAGGAAAUGGAGAGGCAGGCAAAGGCAAACCUUUGA